GUGCGUGCGCAUGCGCGAGCUAUCCCGACUGUCCGGAAGUGGACGUGGCAGACAUGUCUCCCGCGGGCGGCCUGCUGUUGCUCCUGGCGUUGGCUGAGGCCUGGGACGGUUCAGACAGGAUUCUUCUUCGAGAGAUCCAGGCUCUGACACUAUACAAUGGGCGUUACACCAAUGGCCGUCGUACCAAAUCUGUACCCCAGCUGAAAUGUGUUGGUGGCACUGCUGGAUGUGGCACCUUUAUUCCGGAAGUGGUACAGUGCUACAACAAAGGUUGGGAUGGUUAUGAUGUGCAGUGGGAAUGUAAAACUGAUAUGGACCACGCUUAUCGAUUUGGAACAAUCAUGGUUACGUGUGAAGGCUACAACUAUCCAGAAGAUCCGUAUGUUUUGCAGGGAUCCUGUGGUCUGGAAUAUAUGAUAGAGCUUACUGAGGAAGGCUAUCGGAAAAGGAAAAGUAACACUGGAUUCUAUUCUGGAUCACCCAACUAUCAAACUUCCUAUUCCUCUGAUUCAAGUAAUGUGGUGGUGGUACUGAUACUGCUGGGUGUUGCUUAUUUACUUUACAAAGUCUUUUUGAGUCACCAGCAGCUGAGGAACCAGGCAGCCUCAGAUGGAAGUGGCUUUUCUGGUCCUUAUGGACCAGGUCCCCAUGGUCCAGGUCCCCAUGGUCCAUAUCCCACUGCUCCUCCUCCCCCACCUGGCUUUAAACCGGACUUCACAGGUGACGAACAAGAAGGUUUUAGAGGUGGUCCCCAUCAAGGGAAUAACUAUGGACCUCGGAAUGCUGGCAAUAGUUCAGGCCCGGGGUUUUGGUCUGGAAUGGGUGCAGGAGGUCUGCUUGGAUAUCUGAUGGGAAGCAGGAGGUCACAGCCAAGCCCUUCUUACCCAUACAGCUGGGGACAUCAAUCACACCCCCCACCACACAGGAAUAUGAGUGGCAUAAAUUCUCCUGGUACUUCAGGAACCAGGACAGCUUCAGGAUUUGGUGGUACACAAAGAAGAUGAAAUGGAUACUUCAAGACCUAAAAAGAACAUACAUGUCCAAUUCUUGAUAUGCUAUUGGGUUAUUUUGAUUGUGAUUAUGUCCAACCCAAGUAUACACUCUGUAUGAUGUUGUGGACUGGUUUCUGAAACAUUGAAUCAUUUCAUUGUGGUGUUUUGUUUGUAAGCUGAUAUCUACUGUAGUCAAAACCUCUUAACUGAUUCCUUAUCAAUGAAGCUAAGCUACAACUGAUGGGGAAAUAUAAUAGAUGGGUGUGAAAGCAUAAUGAGCCAAGGCAGCUAUUGCCCUAAUUAGUUAGGAGCAGUUCUGUUACAAUUUAUUGUAUACAAUUUUAUUGGACAAAGAAAUUAUAAAGUACUCUUAUUUUAAGUAUAAAUUUCUUCCCUUAAUAUUUUGUCGUUUUAAAAAAAUCUUUAUUCUUUUGCCAUUUAUAGUGUAGGUUUUCACAAGUUGUUAAACUGCAUUUUAAGUCCAAUGUCAGUUGGAGCAAGUGAACCAAUAGGAUUGGAGGGUUUGCUGGGUCUUUCUAUUACUAUAUUUUGCCUUUUGCUGCUGUUUUUCUAUAUUGAUUGGGAGGCAUCUGAGCCUACACAAUUCAUUAUUGUCUGAGGACUAAUGCUUCAAAACUGCCCAAUGAGCAUUGAAUAUCAUUCUGCAUUUAAUGAAGUUGCUUGCUAAUAUUCUUGAGCAUUGUGUAGUCCAGUGGUGACCAACCUAUGUGGCCCACAAGGUUGUCAGGAAACAGCCCAGAACAUUCACAUUAGUCUAGGUAAGUCUAUGUUUCAUCGGUAGUGUGUUUUCAUCUUUUUCUUGAUUGAAUAUUUCUUGAUUUAUGGCAUAAAUCAAGAAAUAUUUAAUCAAAAAAAUGUAUUUUGUUGGCCGACCAUAAAGGUGUAGUCUACCUUCCCUUUCUGUCUUUUCCAGGCAAUUGUAAAUACUCGUGUAAUCUUUACUGGAGUAUUUAGUAGUGACCAGUCCUAUUGUGGAUACGGAAGCAGUGCAGUUAAUAGAUCAAAGAAAAUACAAAUCGACAUCAAUACAACAAAAACAACUUCAAUCAGAAAUUAUAAUAGCACUCUAGUAGCAUACUGUGCCAGUUCCUUCUCUACCAGAUUGAAAGAAUGAAGACCCUACCAGGUUGGUUAUCUGUCUGAGCAUUGUGUGGCAGCAGAAAAAGCCGACUUAAAACAGGAGGGCUGUACUUUGUGUAAGUACUGUGAAAUGUUGGUUUAGCUAUGCCCUUGUUCUGAAUUAAAAUUUUAAUUCUCUACUACAACAAA